AUGAGAACCCGCCAGGCGCUCGCCUUCCUCCUGCUCUUCGUGAUUGCCUCCGGGGCCUCUGAGAACGCCAGCACGUCCCGGGGCUGCGGGCUGGACCUUCUCCCUCAGUACGUGUCCCUGUGCGACCUGGACACCAUCUGGGGCAUCGUGGUGGAGGCGGUGGCCGGGGCGGGCGCCCUGAUCACGCUGCUCCUGAUGCUCAUCCUGCUGGUGCGGCUGCCGUUCAUCAAGGACAAGGAGAAAAAGGACCCCGUGGGCCUCCACUUCCUCUUCCUCCUGGGGACCCUGGGCCUCUUUGGGCUGACCUUCGCCUUUAUCAUCCGGGAGGAUGAGACCAUCUGCUCGGUGCGCCGGUUCCUCUGGGGCGUCCUCUUUGCGCUCUGCUUCUCCUGCCUGCUGAGCCAGGCGUGGCGAGUGAGAAGGCUGGUGCGCCAUGGCAAGAGCCCCUCAGGCUGGCAGCUGCUGGGCAUGGCCCUGUGCCUGAUGCUGGUGCAGGUCAUCAUCGCCGUCGAGUGGCUGGUGCUGACCGUGCUCCGAGAUGCGAAGCCAGCCUGUGCCUACGAGCCCAUGGACUUCGCGAUGGCCCUCAUCUACGACAUGGUACUGCUGGUGGCCACCCUGGGGCUGGCCUUUUUCUCGCUGUGUGGCAAGUUCAAGAAGUGGAAGCAGAACGGAGUCUGCAUCCUGGUCACGGCCUUCCUGUCCGUGCUCAUCUGGGUGGCUUGGAUGACUAUGUACCUCUUUGGCAAUGCCGAGCUACGACAGGGAGAUGCCUGGGGCGACCCCACCUUGGCCAUCACGCUGGUGGCCAGUGGCUGGGUCUUUGUCAUCUUCCACGCCAUCCCGGAGAUCCACUGCACCAUUCUGCCAGCCCCACAGGAAAACACGCCCAACUACUUCGACACGUCACAGCCAAGGAUGCGGGAGACGGCGUUUGAGGAGGAUGUUCAGCUGCCGCGGACCUACAUGGAGAACAAAGCCUUCUCAAUGGAUGAACACAAUGCAGCUCUCCGAACUGCAGGAUUUCGCAAUGGCAGCUUGGGAAACAGACCCAGCGCUCCGUUCAGAAGCAACGUGUAUCAGCCAACUGAGAUGGCCGUUGUGCUCAACGGGGGGACUAUCCCAACCGCUCCGCCAAGUUACACUGGAAGACACCUCUGGUGA